AUGGAGCUCAAUCUGCAUGUGUCUCUUGUGAUAUUCGUUCUUUCGGUGGCGGUGGCAGGGGGUGCUGCAGGUGUCAUGUACCGGCUGUGUUUCCACCCACUCGCGAGGUUUCCAGGGCCUAAACUGGCCGCGGUAACUACUUGGUAUGAAGGGUAUUAUGAUAUAGUCCAUCAGGGCAAUUAUAUUUGGCAGGUCGAGAAGAUGCACAAGAAAUAUGGCCCCAUCGUCCGCAUCGGCCCAAACGAACUCCAUAUCCUCGAUGCUUCUUUCUACGACACCCUGUACAACAUGUCGAACCGGUUCGACAAGUACGACUAUUUCUAUUCCAUGCUGGGCAACCCGGAAGCGACAUUUUCCACUAUUUCAGCAAAUCUCCAUCGAAUCCGGCGACAGUCGUUGACACCAUUCUUCACGGUCAAGGCCGUGCAGAAGUUCCACUCUCAGCUCCAAGGGCUUUCUGAUCGAUUGAUCGAGCGAAUGCUUGGAUGCAAAGCAGCCCGCAAACCCGUGCCUCUGUUCUUGGCAUACCGAUGCUUGACAGCUGACCUCAUUAGUGAAUACAUCUUUGGACGCCAGUUAGGACUCCUCAACCGCGAGGAUUUCGGCAAGGCGUUCUAUGCCUCCUGGAGGAGCCUCUGGGAUUUAAGUCCUGUGAUAAGGCAGUUCCCCUGGAUGAUGACAGUGAUGCUUGGCUUACCAAGGUGGGUCACGGCCGUGGCCAGUCCAAAAGCUCUCGAGGUCCUUGACAUGCAAGCUCAAAUCGACCAGUGGACUUUGGAGGCGGUCAAUAACGAGGUCAAGGCGAAAGAUCGGGCCGGAAUGCGCACCAUCCUGGCCGCUCUUGCUACCAGCGACAGCCUGCCUCCCGAGGAGAAGACUCUACAUCGCUUGAGCAUCGAUGCGAACAGUCUUCUUGCUGCUGGAUUUGAGACCACUGGCGCGGUAUUGACGCACAUGACCUAUGUGAUUCUGGCAGACCGAGAAAGACAGCGCAAGCUGGUCAAGGAGUUGCAUGAAGCAAUCCCCGACCCGAAAGAUAUUCCCACAUGGCAGAGCCUGGAGAAACUGCCUUACCUGACUGCUGUGAUUAAAGAAUCGCUACGGUAA